AAGGACGAAGGAAUCCUUGAUGAAUUAGAUAUUAUUUAUAUACUUGAGAAUAUAUUUUCUGCUGGAACAGAUACAAUAUCUGCAAGUUUAACAUGGAUCGUGGCUGCUUUAGCUAAUAAUCCAGAAGUUCAGUCUAAAGCACAUCAGGAGCUUGAUCGAGUAAUUGGUCAUUCUCGUUUACCAGAAGCUUCUGAUGAACCAAAUAUUCCUUAUAUACGUGCUAUAAUUAAAGAAGGUCAAAGAUAUUGUGGGCCAAUUUAUCUUGGUUUACCUCAUGGCAUUGAAGAAGAUGACGAAUAUAACGGAUAUCAUAUUCCAGCAAACUCUGUUGUGAUUUUAAAUCAAUAUGGAAUUCAUAUGGAUGAAAAAAGAUAUGAGAAUCCUAAAGAGUUUAAACCUGAAAGGUUUUUAGGAGUUACAGAAAGUAGUGUAGCUUUAGCAAAGGGAAAUUAUGAAAAUAGAGACCAUUUCGGAUUUGGAGCUGGAAGAAGGCUCUGCACUGGAAUUCAUAUGGCUGAGAGGGAACUUUUAUUAGGAGUUUCUCGUCUUUUAUGGUGUUUUAGAAUAGAGAAUGCGUCACCAUUAG